AAAAAAUUGCUCCUAUUCGCUCUACAAGAAGCAUCUGCUGUAUCUUCGCUGAAAUAAGUUCUAGAGAGUUUAUUUGCGACGGCACAGUGUGGAGUCGACCAAUGUGGGAUGAUCCGGGGGAUUUUUUUUUCAAUUGCCCACGUGACUGUUAAAAAGACUACUCAUUACCGCCGCCAUGGCAAGGCACUCGACAGCGCCUCUGUAUGCCAUGGUUGCCACCGUUUUCAGCGCCGAUCAUUAUAAAGGGCUGACUUUUGAUUUCGAAGAGUUCAUCAAGAGUGAACUUGGCUUGGAUCUUGACAAUCAAGUUAGAAGAGAAGAUGAACCCAUUUGUAAAUACUUUCUGAAAGGAGCCUGUUCCAAGGGCGCCAAUUGCCCAUUCAAACAUAAAAGCCACGAAAGAGACAAGUCCGUCGUAUGCAAGCAUUGGCUUCGUGGACUGUGUAAAAAGGGAGACAGCUGCGAAUUUUUACACGUAUUCAACAUGAAGAAGAUGCCGGAAUGCUGGUUCUACUCCAAAUACGGCGAAUGUUGCAACGGCGACGAAUGCAUGUAUCUCCACAUUGAUCCUGAAAGCAAACAGAAAGAAUGUCCUUGGUAUGCGCGAGGGUUCUGCAAGCAUGGACCGUUUUGUCAUCAUAAGCACGUCCGAAGGAUGGUGUGUCAGAACUACCUGACCGGUUUCUGUCCGGAUGGUCUCAAUUGUCCUAAUGGUCAUCCAAAAUACGAGUUGCCUGUAAUGCAUUCCACAGAAGAUGACCGACAAACCACAUCACAAUCUCACCAGCAACCCCAUCAUCCCCAACAAACCGGUGGCGACGAAACCGGCCGAACCCAUAUCAAUCGUCCCGCCAACGGUUUCUAUCGACGGUUAGAAGAUGUCACAUGCUAUAAAUGCGGACAGCAAGGUCACUAUGCCAAUAAAUGUCCUCAAGGACGUGGAGGCGCCAUAGUAUGAUCUGGCUGACAGCAUCCAGUAUUCUCCCCAUAUCACUUAUACACCUCUCUCUUUUCUCCAAUAAACUCACAUUGUAAAUGCGUUACACUCACAU